ACUACCCCUCCACAUUGACCAAAGCAUCAAAAAUGCAGCUCUCCCUUGCCCUCACCCUCCUAACCGCCGCCCUCGGCACGACCAACCCAGUCGACACCACCUCAGCUCCCCAAGCCCGCGCCGCCCUGGACGACCUCGCGGGAACCCCACUAUCAAAGCGGGCCUGCUCGUUCAACGGCUGCAAGUGCAUCAAGGGCACACCUCAGGGCCAGUACUGCGGCAACUGCGACGCCGUCAUCACGGACCAGCUCAAUGACGACCACAUCUACGAGUGCUCUCCCAGCGGCGCUUGUUGUGAUUAUGGCUCUUCCAACCACUGUGGUAGUACCUCGGUUCGUCCCCUGUGUGGUGCUUAAGCUCCCGUCGUUGCUUCACUCGGUGGAUUCCCGGGGACGGGAACUGUUCAGUUGGGAUUUCGGUGCAUUGGGAAGGUUAGGCUCAGUCGCUCUUAGAUGACUAUAGCUUCAUUUUUGUGGAAGCGGAAUGCGUUCUCAGAAGUCAUGGGGCUUCGAUUCUCGAAAUACUCGCGACCAACCAACACGAGACUUAGCUGGGUUGUAGGCGCCAUCUAGCUCAUUAAUCUAUGUUCUGUAUUGGUGAUGC